UUCUUCCCUCCCCCAUGUUGUUUAGAUCAGAGCUCAAACUAGUUUCAUUUCUGAGGAAGGCAAACUCAGACAGUCGUUGACACGGAGAGGAGAAAUGGCGCAGCAAGGAAAUAAACUGAACCAGGAAACCUUCUCUUGUCCGAUCUGUCUGGAUCUACUGAAGGAUCCGGUGGCUAUUCCCUGUGGACACAGCUACUGCAUGAACUGUAUUCAAAACUUCUGGGAUGGAGAGGAUGAGAAAAGAAUCCACAGCUGCCCUCAGUGUAGGCAGACCUUCACACCGAGGCCUAUCCUGAUGAAAAACACCAUAUUAACAGCUUUAGUGGAGGAACUGAAGAAGACAGGACUCCAAGCUGCUCCUGCUGAUCACUGCUAUGCUGGACCUGAAGAUGUGGCCUGUGAUUUCUGCACUGGGAGAAAACUGAAAGCUCUGAAGUCCUGUCUGUUCUGUCUGGUCUCUUACUGUGAGAAACACCUUCAGCCUCACUUUGAAUCCUCUGCCUUUGAGAAACACAAGCUGGUGGAGCCCUCCAAGAAGCUACAGGAGAACAUCUGCUCUCGUCAUGAUGAGGUGAUGAAGAUAUUCUGCCGUACUGAUCAGCAGUGUAUCUGUUAUCUCUGCUCUAUGGAUGAACAUAAAGGCCAUGAAACAGUCUCAGCUGCAGCAGAAAGGACUGAGAGGCAGAGAGAGCUCGAGGUGACUCGACAAAACAUCCAGCAGAGAAUCCAGGACAGAGAGAAAGAUGUGAACGAGCUUCAACAGGAGGUGGAGGCUAUCAAUGGCUCUGCUGAUAAAGCAGUGGAGGACAGUGAGAAGAUCUUCACUGAGCUGAUCCGUCUCAUGGAGAAAAGAAUGUCUGAUGUGAAGCAGCAGGUCAGAUCCCAGCAGGAAACUGAAGUGAGUCGAGUCAAAGAGCUUCAGGAGAAGCUGGAACAGGAGAUCACUGAGCUGAAGAGGAAAGACGCUGAUUUGAAGAAGCUCCCGCACACAGAGGACCACAACCAGUUUCUCCAAAACUACCCCUCACUGUCACAACUCAGCCAAACUACAGACUUAUCCAGCAUCAAUAUCCGUCCUUUGAGGUACUUUGAGGAUGUGACAGCUGCUGUGUCAGAGCUCAGAGAUAAACUACAGGACGUUCUGAGGGACCAAUGGACAAACAUCUCACUGACAGUGACUGAAGUUGAUGUUUUACUGUCAGGACCAAAACCAGAGCCCAAGACCAGAGCUGAGUUCUUAAAAUAUUCACGUAAACUCACACUGGAUCCAAACACAGCAAACACUAAGCUGUUAUUAUCUGAGGGGAACAGAAAAGUGACAUUAAUGGAACAACAUCAGUCUUAUUCUAGUCACCCAGACAGAUUCACUUUUUAUAAUCAGGUCCUUAGUAGAGAGAGUCUGACUGGACGUUGUUACUGGGAGGUGGAGUGGAGAGGAAAAGGAGUUGGUGUAGCAGUCACAUACAAGAAUAUCAGCAGAGCAGGGAAAUCAGAUGCAUGUGUAUUUGGAGGCAAUGACAAAUCUUGGAGGUUAGACUGUAACCAAAACAGUUACACAUUUUGGUACAACAACAACAGCACUCCUGUCUCAGGUCCCCUGUCCUCCAGAGUUGGAGUGUACCUUGAUCACAGUGCAGGUAUUCUUUCCUUCUACAGUGUCUCUGAAACCAUGACUCUUCUCCACAGAGUCCAGACCACGUUCACUCAGCCUCUCUAUGCUGGACCUUGGUUAUCCUGGUCUGUUGGAAACACUGCAGAGUUGUGUAAAAUGAAAUAGAUAGAAGUCAUUUAAGGGUUAAAUUCUGUGUUUUAACUCUUUAUCUUUGUGACAUUUCUUCACAGCACAGAGAUCAGCUGUCAAUCAAACAUCAUGGGCGGUACUUUGACAUUGUCUUUCUGUACUGUAAAUGUUUCUUUAGGUGGCGCUGUUUGUGAAUAUUUGUAUUGAUGUGUUUGUAUGUUGUUUCUCUUCCACUGCAUAAGUGAAGAGAGAAAGCAGCGGACCUUCCUUCAUCGUACAUAUUUUGAGCUCACUUUGUACAUUUGGACACAAAUCUAUUAUCAGUUUAUGAAUUAUUAGUUUAGCUGAUGAAUGUGCGAUAUAAUACGGAAUCAUAUUUGUCUGAUUACAGCCAGGGUUGUCUAAUUAAGCUGUCAGCUCAUGUUUAUUGUAGCUUUAAGGUCUAUAAAAUCAUCACUUCCCAUUUGAUCUGUCCCAGUAAAUUAAAUUUCAAAAAUAAAAUACUGAAGAGUUCAACCA